AUGGCUCUACGCAGCGACUUUCUCUGGGGCUUUGCCACGGCCUCAUACCAAAUCGAGGGCGCCGUCGACAAGGACGGCCGCGGCCCCAGCAUAUGGGACACCUUCUGCAAAAAAGCCGGCAAGAUCGCCGACGGCACCUCGGGCGACGUGGCCUGCGACUCGUACAACCGCACCGCCGACGACGUGGCCCUGCUCAAGUCGCUCGGCGCCACCGCCUACCGCUUCUCCGUCUCGUGGACGCGCGUCGUGCCCCUGGGCGGCCGCCACGACCCGGUCAACCAGCCGGGCCUCGACCACUACGCCCGCCUCGUCGACGCCCUGCUCGACGCCGGCAUCACGCCCUUGGUCACCCUCUCGCACUGGGACGUGCCCGAGGAGCUGGACCGGCGCUACGGCGGGCCGCUGGACCGCACCGAGUUCCCCCUCGACUUUGAGCGCUAUGCCCGUCUUGUCUUUGCCGCCUUGCCCCGGGUGCGGCACUGGGCGACCUUUAACGAGCCCUGGUGCUCUGCCGUUCUCGGCUACGGCAUCGGCCAGUUCGCCCCGGGCCGCUGCUCCGAUCGAGUCCGCAGCCCCGAGGGCGGCGACAGCGCCACCGAGCCCUGGCUUGUCGGACACUCUCUGCUCGUCGCCCACGGCCGCGCCGUCCGGGCCUACCGCGAUGACUUUGCGCCGCCGACGGGCGGACAGGGCCGCAUCGGCAUCGUGCUCAACGGCGACGCCGUCUUCCCCUGGGACGCCGCCGACCCGGCCGACGCCGAGGCCUGCCAGCGCAAGCUCGAGUUCGUCAUAGCCUGGUUCGCAGACCCCAUCUACCACGGCGACUACCCGGCCUCGAUGCGCCGCCAGCUGGGCGCCCGCCUGCCCACCUUUACGCCCGACGAGCUGGCCCUGGUGCGCGGCUCGAGCGACUUCUACGGCAUGAACCAUUACACGACAAACUACAUCCGCCACCGCGACGCCGGCCCGGACCCGCUCGACCACACCGGCCACGUCGACGUGCUCUUCCACAACAAAAACGGCGACUGCAUCGGCCCGGAGACGCAGUGCCCCUGGCUGCGGCCGUGCGCCCCGGGCUUCCGCGACCUGCUCGUCUGGAUCAGCCGCCGCUACCGCCACCCGCCCAUCUACGUGACCGAGAACGGCACCAGCAUCAAGGGCGAGAGCGACAUGCCGCGCGACCAGGCCCUCGCCGACGACUUCCGCGUCCGUUACUACGACUCCUACAUCGCCGCCAUGGCCGAUGCCGUGCGCCUCGACGGCGUCGACGUUCGCGCGUACUUUGCGUGGUCCCUGCUGGACAACUUUGAGUGGGCCGAGGGAUACCGCACCCGCUUUGGCGUCUGCUACGUCGACUACGAGGACGGGCAGAAGCGGUAUCCGAAGCAGAGCGCUCUGUUUCUCAAGCCCUUGUUUGACAGCCUGAUUAAGAAGGAGUAG